GUAAGUACUCAUGCAGAGACCUCCUCUAUCCCCUUCUCCCUCUUUUCACUACGUCUUUUCUUCCCCUCCCCUUCCCCUCACCGAGUUAGCCGCCAUGGUUUCCGGCAGCGGAGUUAUCAAACAGGUGGUCGUGGUGGACGCGCGCCACCACAUGCUGGGCCGCCUCGCGUCGAUCGUCGCCAAGGAGCUUCUGAACGGACAACAUGUGGUGGUGGUGCGGUGCGAGGACAUCUGCCUGUCGGGCGGGCUGGUCCGCCAGAAGAUGAAGUACCUCCGCUUCCUCCGCAAGCGCAUGAACACCAAGCCCUCCAAGGGGCCCUUCCACUUCCGCGCGCCCUCCAAGAUCCUCUGGCGCACUAUCCGCGGCAUGAUCCCCCACAAGAUUCCGCGUGGAGCAGCAGCGCUGGACCGCCUCAAGGCGUUUGAGGGCAUUCCUGCGCCCUAUGACAAGAUGAAGCGACUCGUCAUCCCCGAUGCGCUCAAGGUGCUGCGGUUGAAGCCCGGCCACAAGUACUGUCUGCUGGGCCACCUCUCGCAUGAAGUUGGCUGGCACUACUGGGACGUUGUCAAGGAGCUGGAGGCGAAGCGCAAGGCGGACGCUGCAGAGUAUUACAAGGAGAAGAAGGUGGCAAGCAAGGCCCGCAGCCAGGCUGAGAAGAGUGUGCUGGCAGCUGAUGCUGCCCUCACUGCCACUCUGGCUGAGGUCAGCUACAAGCCUGUGGCAUCUGCGUAAUCUGGCUUGGUGUCCGUUGCAACCCGAGUUGAAAUCAAAGUUUGUUGGCCUAAAGAACCAUCACUACGACAAUGGAUUCCGGAAAUUCAUGUCAGCUGUGUAAGAAAUUUAGAAGUGCAGGAGACAAAGUAUAUGGAGAUACAAGUACUUGUAGUAGAAAGUAAUACUGGGAGUACCUCCAGUAACAGCCAGUAAUAACAAGAUGCACCAGAGUCGGUCUUAUAGUCUUGUGAUGAAGACUUGAGCAAGGAUCUUUGC